AUGGCUUUCUUUGGUCACGUUCCGAUUGCUAUCUUUUUGCUUGGUGUAAUCUUUGGUUGCGCUCCAACUUUUGCUGAUUUACGUGAGGAUUUGCGAGAUUUUGUGGCCAUAGCGCCGCGACGACGCAUCGGUUAUAUAGCCGCCAGGUACUAUAUCUUUGAUCCGAGAUUCCGUCAGGCCGUGGGAUUUGUUCGCAGCGAUGAAUUCUUAAAGACCUGGCAGCAGGUGCGUGCCGCUCCCGAUGUGGCAGCCCUCAUUGAUUACCUCAACGAAUACGGAUCGGGCUAUGAUGUGACCAGCCUUGUGGACAAUCUUCCCCAGCGACUGCGCGCCUUUCAGCUGUCGCGCACUGUGCCCGUGGAGAUGAUGCUGCACCGCGAUCUUACCACAUUCCUGCGCGAAGCGUCCCUGAUGUCCCAAAAGGUGCGUCAGGGCGGGGAUUUCGCCAAAUUCUACAAGGCCCUGAGGGACAAGCAGUUCAAGAUUCUGGUGGAUAGAGCAAGGAAUUCAAGUGACCUGCAGGCGCCACUGAAAAGAUUGAACGAAAAGAACAUCAAUAUCGAUGAGAUACUGCAAAUAUUGUUUGAAAUAAUCAAUUGGGGACCGCAGAAUCCGUAG